GGACGCUGUCUUGAAUCCAAAAGGACAUUGUCACUGGUUCAGCACAGGCGUAUUCUGGCAUUUUGUGAGAUUCAUCUUUGUGUUGCAACUUCUAGCCUCAGGCAUGAAGAUCUGCUUGGUGUUUAUUUGUUUGUUUGCUGUCACAUUUUCUCUCUCUGUAAAAAGUAAACAUGGUGGAAAACAUCAUGCAUCACCGAAGAAUUUACACCCAGUCAAAGAGAAGGACAUCAUCACAGAGGAGGCUGAUGAUGCCCAGGUCAUACCAUCUAUAUUCCCAUUUGAAGCCAGCAGCCUGGAAAACAAAGAUGAGGAAAUGCAGCAAGAGGACAAUGCCAACGCCAACAAGGAGGACAGAAAGGUGAUGGUGGUGGAAAAGAGUGACACAAACACUGCAAUCUUGCUGAGUGAGGAGGAGCUGAUGGACCUCCUGAAGAAAGAGCAAGAGGACGAGGUCAAGCUGGAUAAAGGCAAGGAUGAGGAAGAUGAGAUGGACAAUGUGUUUGAAACGGCGGAAAAUAUCGAAGAGACGACAGACAAGGAUCAAGAGAGCAAGGAAGAUGCUCAAGUGAUGAAGAAAGAGGAUGAGGAAAAGGCAAGAAAAUCUGUCGGUACUGUGAUGGAGGAGCUGGAGGGCAGCACAGGGACCGAGAACCUGGUUGAUCUUGACUACGCUGCCGAUAGCGGCGUUUUACAAUAUCUUCAGAUCAGAACCACCACCACAAAGCCAAAAACUGACACAAACCUGCUUCUGUCAAAAGUCUCACAUGAGGAAAUCCAGGAGAAAGAAAAUCUGGAUGACAAUAAAGGAGAAAAACAAAACACAAAGACAGAGGAGAGUGAUGAGGACAUGGAUAAGAAGGAGCUUCAAGAAGAUGACAAAGACUCUGAAGAUUCCCAUGAUAGCGAAAUAAGUGCCAGCAGAGAAGAACCAAAGGACUCCCAAGAUCCUGAUAUAAGUGUAGAGACUGAGAUGUGGUCAAGGCUAAAGGUAAAUAGAGGAGAAGAGGAGAAAAACAAGAAUGACAGUGGAAGGGUCACAAAGGGGAAGACAAAGAAACACAAGAAGAAGCAGAGAUUGAGGAAACACUCUCCUCAAAGGGACGAGACACUUCUGGAACUGAGUCCUCAGGAAUCAGAUGACAGCAGCACUGACAGCACAGGCAACAAAAUUAAGAGAAGAAGAGCUGGAAAAUGGGGUCCUUUAGUUGGUAUGAACCCAGUGCAGAUAAGAGCCGCGGUGGAUCUUUACCUCAGCUCCUGGCCCUCUCGUUUUGGCAAUGUGCCUCACCCAGAAUCCUCUGCUGACUCUUGUGACAGCUUCCACUGUAAACGUGGAAAGACGUGCAAACUUGAUACAGACAAUAAACCACGCUGUGUGUGCCAAGAACCGUCAGAAUGUCCUCACAGCGUGAAUGGCUUCGAUCACGUUUGUGGGACCGACAAUCAUACGUACGACACUUCCUGUGAAUUGUUUGCCACUAAAUGUAAACUUGAGGGCACAAAGCAAGGACACAGACUUCACCUGGACUACACCGGCUCGUGCAAAUUGAUUCCUGCAUGUGUGGACAAUGAGCUGGUCCAGUUCCCUCUGAGAAUGAGAGACUGGCUGAAAAAUGUACUGCUGCAACUCUAUGACCACGACUCCACGUCGACCGCCUUCCUCACUCCUAAACAACGUUUUAGAGUGAAGAAAAUCUAUGAGAGUGAGCGGCGGCUUCAUGCCGGUGAUCACGCUGUCAAGCUGCUCGUUCAGGAUUUUGAGAAGAACUACAACAUGUACAUCUACCCUGUCCACUGGCAGUUCGCUCAGCUGGACCAGCACCCUUCUGAUAGAUUCCUGUCGCACUCAGAGCUGGCCCCGCUGAGGGUUCCUCUCGUGCCGAUGGAGCACUGCACCUCUCGCUUCUUCCAGGAGUGUGAUGCAGACAAGGACAAACAAGUGUCCUUUAAAGAGUGGACAUCCUGUUUUGGUAUCAAAGAUGAGGACACGGAUGUCAAGCUGCUAUUCUGAGCUUCAUUUUGAGCUUCAUCUGUUCCACCACUUUGGGAAGUGUGCUCCCUCUGUGCAAUCUGAGAGAAGUUACAAGGCUCAAGGACAAAAAUUAAAAAACUGUGAUGGGGAACACUGUGCAGUCACUGUACUUUAGGCACAACAAGUAGAACAGCUGCAUUAGAUAAGGAAGACUUGUGUUCAUACAAUGUUUAAAGGAAAUGCAUUCUGAGUUUACAAAAUGUCAGUGUGUAGGUAUAGUAGCGAUAUGUACCGUAUGCUACAAUUUUUUGUUUUAAAGGAUGAGGCCACUUAUUUCUUUAAAAACAGCAAUGUAGUCGCUAAAAUGCACAGCUUCGAUGCAAAUAACCUUUUAGCAGGAUGGCACCUGUCAUAUUUAAACAUUCACAAUUGAGCCUCUGAGUGCUGUACGUACUCUCUACUGUAUCCCUUUUAUGAAAAAUUCAUUUAGGAAGGAAUGAAUGAGUGUUAAUGCGGCAUGUGUUCCGUAACUAAUAAAAAGGCACUAGAG